CGUCUGGACGCAGCGGCGGAGCUGCCUGCUCUGCUGCGGAAACUGCGCCGCCGCGCCGCGCCGCGCCGCGCAUGCGCACUGCCGCCGCCGCCGCCUGCUUGGCGAGCAGCCACCCGUCGCGGGCUAGGGUGUCGGGCCUACUGUGUGCAGCUGUCGGUGUAGCUAAGCUGACCCGCCCCACUCAACCUGCUUGAUACUGAGAACACCCAGGCAGGAAGGAGCAGCCGUUAGCUCAAAAUGUUUGAACCUGAAUUUGGAAUAGAGCCCCUGAGUCGAUCCUAAUUGAACACUAGGAGACAGUACUUUAAGCUCCCUGGACACUGGGUGCCCUGUCAGAAUGAGAGAGCGAAAACUCAACAAUCAUGUGCACCCCACAGACUCUGGGCCGAAGAAAACGUACGCUCAUGUGUGCAGCCGGAGAGUGGUAACAGCCAACGCAAGUCACGUCGAACUACAGAUCCCACAAUACAACGGGGGAAGGACGUGCCUUUCCAGGGCCUGAAACCCGACUCCUGAAGGGGUGGACACUACUACAAGGGACGCUGGGAUUUGUAGUCGAAUGUUCCACGUUGAGCCGGAACUUACACCCACCCACCCCCAACCCGGUGCCACUUCUUACAGUCCAAACAUCCGAUUCCACGUCAAUAGAAGGCACUUGGGUUGCACAUUUUAGAACUUUUUCACCUACAGGCAUAUGUUAGCAAAACUUAAAGGCUUCCUAGCCUCUGACAGGCAUUUAGACAACAUUUAUUGAGUUUCUGUAAGUGUUAGAACCUAAGAGCCAGGACGCUACAUUCACCCGACUUCACAGAAUUUAAAUUUUAUUGUGCUACUUUAUUCUGGAGCUCAGAAAUGAAGUACGUCUUCGGCAAAGACCUGGAGGCAGAAGACUGAUCUUUGAAAAUAUGUAUUUGGGAGAUAAUCACGUUCUGUUGAAUACCUUGUGCUGGUGCUGCCAUCGAAAAAUCUGGUUACAGUCUGGGGAGGCCUGCUACCAUUGCAGGACUGAACCGCCUCGGCCCUGAGAUGAGUGUCCCGACAGAGCAGGCGCACCAUGAAUAGAUACACAACGAUCAAGCAGCUUGGGGAUGGGACCUACGGUUCUGUCCUGCUGGGGAGAAGCAUUGAGUCUGGAGAACUGAUUGCCAUCAAAAAAAUGAAAAGAAAGUUUUACUCCUGGGAAGAAUGCAUGAACCUUCGGGAGGUUAAGUCUUUAAAGAAGCUCAAUCAUGCCAAUAUAGUAAAAUUAAAAGAGGUUAUCAGGGAAAAUGACCAUCUCUACUUUAUCUUCGAGUACAUGAGGGAAAACCUUUACCAGCUCAUUAAAGAAAGAAAUAAGUUGUUUCCAGAGUCUGCUAUAAGGAAUAUAAUGUAUCAGAUAUUGCAAGGACUGGCAUUCAUCCACAAGCAUGGUUUCUUCCACCGGGACUUAAAGCCCGAGAACCUCCUCUGCAUGGGACCAGACCUUGUGAAAAUCGCGGACUUCGGAUUGGCUCGAGAAAUCCGGUCAAGACCUCCAUAUACAGACUAUGUGUCUACUAGAUGGUAUAGGGCUCCAGAAGUACUGCUGAGAUCUACCAACUACAGCUCCCCCAUUGACGUCUGGGCGGUGGGCUGCAUCAUGGCCGAGGUGUACACCCUCCGGCCUCUUUUCCCUGGGGCCAGUGAAAUUGACACAAUUUUCAAAAUCUGCCAAGUGUUGGGAACACCGAAGAAGACUGACUGGCCUGAAGGCUACCAGCUGUCAAGUGCUAUGAAUUUCCUCUGGCCCCAGUGCAUACCCAAUAACUUAAAGACUCUAAUCCCAAAUGCUAGCAGUGAAGCAAUUCAGCUCCUGAGAGACUUGCUUCAGUGGGAUCCCAAGAAACGACCAACCGCUAGUCAGGCACUUCGAUAUCCUUACUUCCAGAUCGGACACCCACUGGGCGUCAUCGCCAAGGACUCAGGAAAACCACAGAAAGACGCCCAAGACAAGACAGGCCCACCUCCUUACAUCAAGCCAGCCCCUUCUGCCCAGGCCCCAACCAAGACACAUACACUGAUUUCUACACGACCAAACCAAGCCAAUCAACCCCCUCAGCAUUUCGUGCACCCCUACAAAGGCGAUGCCUCUAGGACAGAGCAGCUGAGCCAUGUUCAGGAGGGCAAGCCGAGCCCACCAUUUUUCCCAUCCCUCCACAAUAAGAAUCUUCAGCCAAAAAUCCUAGCUGGCCUGGAACAGAAAAAUGGUGAAAUCAAGCCAAAGAGCCGGAGAAGAUGGGGUCUUAUUUCCAGGUCAACAAAGGGUUCUGAUGACUGGGCCGACUUGGAUGACUUAGAUUUCAGCCCCUCUCUCAGUAGGAUAGAUGUAAAAAACAAGAAGAGACAGAGUGACGACACCCUCUGCAGGUUUGAAAGUGUUUUGGACCUGAAGCCAUCUGAGCCGGUGGGUACAGGAACCAGUGUCUCCACCCAGGCUUCCUCCCAGCGGAGAGACACGCCGACCCUGCAGUCCACAGCCAAGCAGCACUACUUGAAGCACUCUCGCUACUUGCCUGGAAUAAAUAUAAGGAAUGGCGUGCUCCCAAAUCCAGGCAAAGACUUUCUUCCAUCAAAUCCAUGGUCCAGUUCUGGUGUGUCUGGAAAAUCUUCAGGAACAGUAUCAGUAGUGAGCAAAAUAACUUCAGUUGGUUCAGGCUCUACAAGCUCUAGUGGACUGACUGGAAGCUACAUCCCUUCCUUUCUCAAAAAGGAAAUCGGUUCUGUUAUGCAGAGGGUACAGCUGGCGCCGCUCGCAGCUCCUUCCCCCGGCUACUCUUCCCUCAAGGCCAUGAGACCUCACCCGGGGAGGCCCUUCUUUCACACCCAGCCCAGGAGCACACCAGGCUUGAUUCCACGACCUCCAGCUGCACAGCCUGUGCAUGGCAGGAUAGACUGGUCUUCCAAGUACCCAUCUCGGCGGUGACUGUCCCGCCACGGGACAUGCUCCUCAGUGGACUCCAUUGUACCUGCACAACCACAAGGCGGUGGAAAACCACCCACACUUACAGCUGUUCUGAACUAACGCAUUUCAAUAUUUCUUUUAAAUGUUUUUUUAAACAUUGAUUUGAAUGCAAUAUCCUCUUUUUGUAUAAAAUUAUUUUAUUCUAAAACCGGGUCUCAUUAUUUUCUUAAACAACAGCAUUUUGUAUAUAUGGAUUAUAAUUUAACAUUUUAUACAGUCAACUUUGUAAUGAACUUUUUAAAGAUUAAGUGAAUUUUUUUUUGUUCAUUGUUCCAUGUAAUAUUUUAUACAGAUUUUGAAAUAUGUAAUAAUAUCGAUUCAGUAUUGUGACAGGGUGCAGUUUAAGGCAGUGGGAUACGGGAUUAUUUACUCAAUAUAUUUGAAUUUUAUGGGGUAGCCACAUUUAAAUGUGGUCCAUUCAGUACUUUAGGCUUUCUUAGAUUGGUCUUAGUAAGGUGGCCCACUCGCUGCUUUUCUCAACAGCUUGUAUUGGUUUUUCUCGGGGCGGAAGUUGUUUUGUUGUUGUUUUGAGACAGGGUUAAGAUGUAGCCCAGACUGGCCUCCCACUCACAAUGUAGCUGAGGAUAGCUUUGAACUUCGGAUCUUCCUGUAUCUACCUUCCUGAGUGCUGGGAUCACAGGCGUGUAAGCCAUGCGUGGUUUUACCCCUGAGCUUUGUACAAGCUCCCAGCCCUGAUCCUGUCUUUUUUACAAUUGUCUUUCAUACAACUGUUCUAUCCUAAACUGUCUCUUUAGACUUAUUUCACUUUAUUUUUGCCCCCAAAACAAAGAACUCUUCAUAACUAGUUGGUGAAAUUUUAUUACACUCAUAAACACAGUUGCAAAAAUCCAGGUAAACCCAAGCUUAAUCAUACGAGCGAGAUAACGAGUUUCUACUUUUCUGUUGCUUUGGAUUGGUUGAAAUCCCUGCUGGUCUCCAGCUUCACCAGCCCACACCUGUAGGUGGGGAUGAAGGGACUGAGCAGGGACAGCCAGCUCUCGGCUGAGCAGACAGGGAGAUGGCAGAGCUGUGGUCACCUGUGGCUCAGGUGAGCUCUUUCAGUUCCCUGGGGCCUUACCAGCCAUGACCUGCCUACCCACAGCACUUCCGGCUAGUCUCCCUCAGGCCCACCCAGCUUACCUACAGCAGACUAGUACUUAGCUAAAACUCAGCUGAGCCACGGAGGCAGGGUGGGGGCUUGCGACCCAUCGCAGAUGUCUACACCUGCACCCCUAUAGCCAGAGAGGAGGCUCCCUCCCACCCUGCCGUCCAUACUUUUUUUCAUUUUUAAAAAAUCCAGGCUGGAGAGAUGACUCAGCCACUCCAGUUCCAAGGGAUCCGACGCUCUCUUCUGGCCUCUGGGGGCACAUGUGUACAUAACCACCACUGACAGGAACACAUGCAUAUAAAAUCUUUAUAAAAAAUCCAAUUGUUGAAAAUCCCUUAAAAGAGAAGCUUUCUUAUGUCAAAAGUACCUUUUUUUAUUAUUUUUAUUAUGAUUGCUUUAAUGUAAAAUUUUCUUAACAUAUGUUAAUACAAUCAAUUAAGCCAAGUAUCUUUCUAUGUAGCCAUGGCUGUCCUGGAACUCACUCUGUAGACCAGACUGGCCUGGAACUUAGAGAUCUGCCUGCCUCUGCCUACCAAGUGCUGGGAUUAAAGACGAACACCACCGUACCCAGUGACUUUUUUUUUUUAACUGAGAGUGAAGGUUGCAUUCAGCUGAGUUUUUCCACACCUGACUAGGAGCAGCUCAUAAACUAUCCAGACCAAAUGAUGACUGUAAGAGCGGGAAAGAUUCGAGGGGUGAGGAGGGGAUUUAAGCUCUAAGAAAUCACCCUUGCCAGGAUGCUCUGUCCAGACUCUGCCACAUCUCGACCCCCACCUUGUGUGGUAUCUUUUGAGGUUGAGCCUUGCCAGGAUGCUCUGUCCAGACUGUGCCACAUCUCAACCUCCACUUUGUGUGGUAUCUUUGGAGAUUGAGCCUUGCCAGGAUGCUCCGUCCCCCACCUUGUGUGCUAUCUUUUGAGGUUGAGAACUCUGCUGGACAGAGGCUGUUGGUUCCUUGUGUAGUAUCUUUGGAGGUUGAGACCUCUGCUGGACAGAGGCUGUGUUUUCCAUUGAGAGGAAUGUUUACAGCAAUUCUGCUAAUAACAAAGCUAGUUUGGAGCCAGAAGCAUGCAGAGAAUGCCCUUUCUUCCAUCUCUGUGUCUGUCACACAUCUGCCUCCACUCCUGGUUACCUUACAGGCAAAAGGAAGGGCCCCCGCCGAGUGCAGUAGCAUACCUCAACGGUAGAUCCACUCACGUGCUCCCAGGGCCCAAAGGACAUUUUUCGUUAGUUUCCAAAUUCAGCAAAGCAAACCAUAUGAAACGUUCAUUUUUGUAGAUAAAAAUGGUAAGGUAAGGUGAAUUCCUAAUAAGUUAGUAAAUGAUCGCUUUGAUGUAUUAACAGUGACUUCCAAAGGGCUCUGUCUGCCCUAAAAUCAGAAAGCAAUUUUUGCUUUGGAGAAUCUAAUUCAAAAAACUACAGUUAAUGGAGCACUUUGAUUCCAAGGAGCGUGAAGAAAGCACAUCACGAGCAAGGGCUUGAGAGGGAAUGUUUCCCUGUGAACAAGCUAGCAGCGUAACCUUAGAAAAUGUAUAUGCAAGCACAAGUUGAAAGCGUUCGUUUCUGUAUUAUAUUCUAAACCAACAAAAUGCGUGUUCGGAGAUGAGUCUGUAAGGUUAAUAUUUAUUUUCUCUUUUCUGUAUUAUGUAUAAAAAGAGUAAAUCUCAAAUCCUGCUCGGCUAGCUGGAAAGCUGCCUAUAAGUUGUAGACCAUUAAGUUCUAUACCAUUAAGAUAUAGAAAUAAAUCUUUAACACCUGUGGGGUCUCUGUUAUCUAGCCAGUGUUAACCAAAGUCAUUAUGUUCUUUUUUUUAACUGACAAAAUCUCAGCUACCCAGUUGUUUGGCGCUAUGAAAUUGUUUUCCUUCAUGUUCUGUGGACCCUACCUUCGCUUCCCAUCCUUGACUAGCAAAACCAUGAAAGUUUACAUGAAAGAAGCAGCUAGACAGCUGAGCAAACCAGAUCACUGAAAAACCAAAUCCUGAAGAACUAGCAGAAACCUCAGAAGUACUUUUCCCUCAUCAAAAUAGGUAAAGGGGAAAUUGUAUGCAAGCUGUGUACUAUAGACAGAAAUAGCCCUUUGUAAAGUGAUAGUCAAACUUGCCUGUUGCAUCUAUUUUACCUACUAUAGAAUUAUGAAAUGAAAAGCAAAAUGCUGACAGGGGUGAGGGGUUAGGUGGCACCUAGCCAUGACUGUACCUCAUUUACAAUCACAAAGCUUUGGAGAGCUGUGAAAGGUCCAGAGGUUAAGAACGCCAGCUGCUGUUCCAGAGAAUCCAGGUUCAAUUCCCAGCACCCAGGAGGCAGCUUGCAACCAUUUGUAACUCUAGUUCCAAGGAAUCUGCCCUCUUCUGAGGGCAUCAGGCAUGCAUGUGGUGCACAACAGAUAUGAAUGCAGACAAAACACCCGUAGAGAGAAAAAUUAUAUUGCAUCAAAUUAAAUAAAGGGGAUUUAUUAUUAAAAACAAUACCAAAACAGCUUUCUGGGAAGUCAGGGAAUGGUACGGAGCGCCUCAUUCUGGGCCUGUUUUGGUGGCAUAGAUAUGCUGAGAUGCCAGGUUUGCCUCACAGAGACAAGGGAAACUAAGUCUGCAUAAAAGCUGCUGCUAAGAGGAUUGUUUUCUUUACAAUAAGUCCUAUUAAUUACGGAGUGUAGAAAACUGGUCCUGAAACAAUGUUUCAGACACAGUGCUUGCCUAAGGACCAUGUACAACUAAAACAGCAACACUGUCAUGUUCUGGAAUUAUUAAGACCUGAAUACACAAAGGCAAAACGAGUCAAGUGAAAACUCAUUUCCUUUCAGUUCCGAGUAUAAACACCAUGGAGUUAAUAGGCACCAUAUUUUCCUGCAAAGUCACAUUUCCAUAAUAUCAAGCCAUUGCCUUGUGCCAUUGGGGAUAGGAAUGGUGGACCAGGUAAUACAGGCGUCUUCAAUUCACUGUAGGACCAGAAGCAGUAUGUUUCUAAGAAAACAUUUGACAUACGCAUUCCUUUAUGUUGUUCUAAGCAGAUGUUUGUCUAAUAAACUGGCUAGGUAUUUUUUUACAAUUGUUUUUACAAUUUCCAAACUAAUGUACUGUAUGUUUGUAUAAUUUAUUUGUGAUGACCUGCAUGGAGAAAUUAUCAAGACAAAAUAGGGGCUCGUAUCAUCCUAACUGGUGUUGGUUUUCCCUUAAACACUGACAGUGUGACUUGAACACCACCUGGACAAAGCCUUCUGAGUUCCCACAUCUCAGCACAGAAUACAGCUCAAUUCCACUGACUUGAUUCCAAAGCAAUCUUCCCAUUGUUAGAAGGCAAAGCACAGGGGACAAAGAGGGGCCCUUCUGAAACCCAACGUUACUUUUUGAAUGAUCUAUCCUGAGAUGUUUGAGGAUGUUAAUACUAUAGAUGGAAACUUCUGCUCCAAAUAAAGUUACAAUUCAAGAAA